AUGUCAGCCGGGACGUCUACUACUCAUAUGCUGUGUCCCGUAAAAUUACCUCCCCUGGGACUAGAGGUGUGGUCAAAACACUGGUUCAAAAAGAAGAAAAUCCUGCGUUACCUAAAAGAGGUGUCGGGAAACCCAGUCCUGCCCAAAGAUGUGGAGAAUCACGUCGCUAAAAUGCGUAUGGAGACUUACACGUCAGAAGACGACAACGAGAGAGUGGCAGAGAUCCUGAGAGAUUUUAGUGAAGGUCCAGGGAAUGCUGUGAAAGUUUUCCGCGAUAAGACAACGGGUCUUACUUCCUGUAUUACAUUCCAGACAGCCCACAUGCGAAGGAUGACACGCAAGUUCCCAGAAGCAGUCUGCGUUGAUGCUACUUAUGGGACCAAUAUCAAUCGGUAA